AAUAAAUAAGAAAGGCGUGUAAACGCACUCAACUGCCACACUGCCCAAAUUCUGCCACAGCCUUAGGCAAAGCCUGCCAUACAUUUAUUCUUCAAACAUAAAGUCUAGAAAACAAUUAUAAUCUUCAGUUUAAACCCCUUAUCAUUGCCAUUGCCGUCUAAGUUUUGAGUAAGGCUAAUAAGUCUUCAUAUUUGAGAGUCCGGAGUAAUCUUGGGUGGGUUUCAUUUUCACUUUCUUCCGAGUGUUUUGAAACUAAAAACUCGCAGUUACCACAAUGAGCAGCGUAGCAAGAACUUGCAUGCAGUCAUUUCUUAAAGUUGUGAAUUCAAGUUUGGGGAUCGUUGGAAUUGCAAUGACUCUAUAUGGCCUUUGGAUGAUCAGAGUUUGGCAGAGGGACAUGGAGGAGGAAGGUUCAUCGUUUGACUUUAAAUCUACUGCUCCAUGGUUUAUAUACACUUUCAUAGGAGCUGGUGUUACUUUGUGUGCAAUAACUUGUCUGGGCCAUGUAGCUGCAGGGGUUGCAAAUGGUUGUUGUCUCUCUUGUUAUAUGGUGAUUAUAUUUACACUUCUUUUACUGGAGACUGCAAUUGCAGCAGAUAUUUUCCUCAAUUCUGACUGGGAGAAGGAUUUACCAAACGAUCCUACUGGUAGGUUCAAUGACUUCAAAGAUUUUGUGAAGUCAAACUUUGAUAUAUUUAAAUGGAUAGGCUUAUUGAUUGUCUUAGCACAGGGACUCUCAAUCUUAGUUGCCAUGGUACUGAAGUCUAUAGGGCCAACAAAAUACUAUGACAGCGAUGAGGAUUAUAUUCCGGCAAGGCUUCCACUGAUAAAGCAUGAUCUUCAUUCGGCACCGUAUCUUGAAGAUGAACAGUGUUUUGCCUCCAAGAAUAACUCCUCUAAGACAAAGAAGUGAAGGAAGAAAAAUUUUCAAGCGUAUUUAAGAAAAAGAAGAUUGACAAAAAGUUGACAUACAGGACGAAUGGGAUGUUAAAGCAUCAAAAAUAAAUUAUUGUAUCAAAGUUUCUAAAAAACAUUUAUAAAUUCGUAAGUCUUUUUUUGGGGUGGAUGUAUCUUUGUGUGAGCUGAAAAUGAAAUGUUCUUGAAGUACUUUUGUCCAAUUGACCGAAGUGAAUCACUUGAACUUUAACAAAGUAACAAUAUUAUAACUAUCAUUUUGGUAAUUAAAACCCACAUUCCUAUUUUUAUUAUUAUUAUGUUUUUUUGGAACUUUCUUGUUACUUUGUUACUUUGCUGCAUCAUAAGUGUAUAUCGCAGGAAAUAUAACAGCUUUUAGAGGUGUGGGAGUUCAAAGU